GUCACGUCCAGCCACGGCUGUACGCACUGGGCUUCAGGAGGAGGGGUCGCUCAUUGCGGUAAAAAUAGUAAAGAAAACAGCACGGGAGAGUGAGUUUGCUGCUAAGCUAACACCACUGCGUUCAUAGAAAUAUCGGAGCCGUUUUGUUUCAAGAGCAAAGUAAGGGAGGCGACAUCAGAGCAGAGGCCAGCAGCAGGGACAAUGACUCAGGGUGUUCAAGGGUGAGGAGGAAUUAAAACCUGCCGAGAAAAAGAAAACGUCUGUUGGAGGAAAAACCAGCGAGUGACUCUUCAGCCCAGAGAUGAAUUUCGAGCAGCCGCCUCCGUACCCAGGCAGUGGACCUUCUGCUCCAGGCUACCCAGGGCAGGGCCCACCUCCUCAGGGCUACCCACCCCAGGGUUAUCCUCCACAGGGAUACCCAGUAAACAUGGACCAGCCCAACUCAGCCUACCCUAACUACCCCGCUGGUCCUGGAGGUCCCUAUCCUGGCCCAGGACAGCCCCCAUUCCAGGGAUAUCCAGGCCAGCCACAGUAUGCCUGGCAGGGUGGACCCCCUCCUGCACCCAUGUAUGGGGAAGCCCCAAAAAACACAGUGUAUGUGGUGGAGGACAGGAGAAGGGAAAACACAGCGGACACCUGCCUGACUGCCUGCUGGACGGCGCUGUGCUGCUGCUGCCUCUGGGACAUGCUGACAUAAUGUCCUCCUUCAUUUGCUCGGCCUUAUUAGUCUCCUGUAAGCCGAAAAACCCCAUCAACCUUUCCUCCUUUCUUCUUCUGCCUUAAAACCUGGCUCCGUCUCAUCUCUUCCCCCUCACCUCAUCGUCUCUAAUAUUUCUCAAUAAACAACAGCUCCAGUCUCAUAGGGAAGUCUUUCUGCUUGGGCUCUGGUCGACUUGUCCAGAACUUGCCUUGUAGCGGUCUGUAACGGAGCUUCUUAACACCAACAUUGUAUCUGAGGCUCUUGUUUUUUUAAAUUGCGCACCUACACACAACCUUCACACACACACACACACACACACACAUUGAGAAAGAUGCACAUUGUACGUGCUUGUUCCUUCAGUACACACGGAUCUCAGGCGUAACUAGUGUGAUGCUCUUUGGCACUUUACAAUGAUUACCUCUGCAAGAAAGAAAUCCUGCCUGCCUGCCUGUUGAACCCUGACCCCUUCCCCUUCGUCACUACUCCUCAGCUACCUUAGCAAACAAAGGACUACUCUCCCAUCAAGGGGCUCUGUUCCCAAAUUUCACCCAGACCCUGGCUGCUAAUGAGCUACGGGGGGAUUGAUGUUUAGAAGCUUGAAAUGUAUCAGUUUUAUUUUAACUUUCUUUUUUUUUUGGCUUUUGUGAAAGUAAGUGAAAUGCAUUUUUAAACACAAAGGUAAUUUUUUGUUGGAUGCCUGUUAACUUUUUAAUGGCUACAAUGUAAUGUUGUGCUUUUAUUAUUAUGAAAAAAUAUUCUAAUAUUAUUUGUCAUUUGGACCUUGGAAAUAUAUCUGGAAAUAUCGUUAAAAAAAACAAAACAACUGUACUUGCUCAACAGAAGAAACUAUUAGUCUGUGGAUGCCUUUUUUUUUUUUGCUUUGGAUGAGAUUAUUUCAUUAAAAUAAUUUAUUGCUAUAAUUAAA